UUAUCGCCAAUAACAUCUCGGGUCUGAAACACUAAGUCUUAACACAUGUCUUAAGCCAUCUCAUCACACCCUAUUCUCACGCUUGCCUUAGCAGGACAAGUAGCAGCGCCGUAUCUCAAAUUCCUGAGCAAUAGCUCUCUUCAUAUGUCGCGCACACUCCACUUCAAAUGUCGGCGGACGGCCGUCCCUCGUUGCUCAUCUCGCUGCCUUUUUGGCGCUCGGUCCACCCGGACGCUGGGUCUCCUGGCCCUUUCAUCGAGCUCAUCUCCCUCUAAGCAACCAUGGUCCGCAUACCUCGUCGCACUCAUAGCGUCUCCGGACCACCCUCUGCGCACUGCGUGUUGAAGGAUGUUGCUUGUUGCUGCAAUAUGGUCAAGAUCCAGCAAUUCUACAUGGCAAUGAUGGCACUUCGCCGAAAUCCGCGCAGGAAGUGCAAGAAGGAAGAGACGCCAAUACCAGUCGCUCAAGACCAUACGGACCAUUGGACGUCAAAGAGAUUGUUGGAUGCAGAUACACAGCGGUCAGAGCCUGUAAGGCUCCCGAGAACUGUACGUCUCCCAAGGGAGGUGCGUGACCAAGUGUAUGCAAAUCUCGUCGUUCGCCGCGGUCGACACAUCCCCAUCAUCGAAGCGAAAUCCAUUCUCCGCGAACAAAAGAAACGGACCACCGCGCAAAGGACCCGCGAACGUCUCAAUCUCAAACGCGCCCAAACCGGACGUCGACCCAUUACUCCGCGAGAAGCUGUUGCUGAACCCAUUGUUCAUUUGAACGUGCUUCAGGCUUCGAAGCUAACCAACUACGAAGCCAGUGACUGCUUCUACCAGCAGAACUGGUUUGCAGUCUCCAUCGACAAUUUCCCCGCCACCACGAUCGAGACGCCAUCCGGCUGGGAUUAUGGGAGAAUUACGAAGAUGCAGCUGGAAUUGCAGCUCAAGGAUGCACAGCGGAUGAAUAGUUAUAUUGACUGGAUCCCCUUCUUCGCUCAAUUCCCAGCUUUGAGGUCCCUUCGGAUCAUCCCGACUUUUCACUCAAGAUACUACGACUGGGCGCGUUCGGAGCUGAGCGAUUGGAACACAGCUCACUACAUAUUCCGGGCUUUCUUCAGGGAGCUACUGGCGACCAUUCCAGAAGGCCUGGUCUUGAAACUAGGGCCUUCGAGCGACCCUGAAGAGAACAUGAAACUGGAGGGCAAAGCAUCGGUUCACAGAAGAGUUCUAUGGGACAUGUAUGCGGAGCUGGGCACUAGGACGGAUUCGGGCGAGAGUAGGGACUUUGUUGCCGUGGGACAGAUUGUGGAUUACGGGCCGAUGGAUGCUAUGAAGGGUCAGGAUGUCGUUGGUUGA